AUGUCGGUCUCCAUUUCCUUUGGGAAUACUCGUGCAUCCGAGACUUCUCGACAGGAGCCGGAGCAAAGUCGGGACUCGGAGAUGUACAUCCCGCAGACCUUGGUAUUAGGCAUCUUCCUGGCGAUAUUUGUGACCCAGAUUGCCAUCAACAUCAUCCAGAUCAGGCGCGCAAGACAACGGGGUGUACUGAGCGAGAAGAUGAGCCUGGGGAAAUUGAAGUUGAUCCCGCUCCCGGCGAGACUGGAUGAAGGGCUAAUGACAAUCCAAGCCCUCCGAAACCUCUCGUCCAAAUCAAACUCCGUGACCAUCUCCGAAAUCGAAUACAAGCGCCUGCUCCAAGCGUCGCAGCAGUUCACCAAGUUGAAGAACUCGCUUCUCGAAGGGGGCCUGUCGCAGGAGACUCUCGAUAUCUUGAUCUAUGGCCCUCCGUCGACUCCUCCAGGUACUGGAGGCCACACAGCAGGUACCGCGUCCCCACAGCGAGGGCAUACAAAGCGUGAAAUCGUUCCGCGUCGCAGAAGCUCAGAUGAGAGCUCCGAUCUAGAUGCUGCAUCUGAAGACGACCACGAUGAUGCCACCUCGGUCGACUCGCCCACCAGCGACGGAAAAGCAGAGGACCACGACGAUUCAUCCAGGAGCGAGGCGUCUGCGGCUACCCCUACUGAUCAACGCACUGUGAUGAUCCGCAACCUGCCCGACCGCGUCACUUACAGAGACGUUGUCGACGCUGUGAAGAGUGGUGGUGCCCUGGUUCAUGUCUACUUGAGGGCUCGUGAGCGGAUUGCAAGUGUUUCGUUUGUGGAAGAGGCUGCGGCCCGCUCCUUUCUGCAGCAUAGCAACACUCACGGCCUGUUGGUGGCUGGCAAACGCGUCGAAACGCUGUGGAACGACCGGCAGUUCUACGUCCCUCCCUAUGUCAGAAACAAGAUCUACAAUGGAGCCUCGAGAAACCUAGUUCUCUACAACGUGCAUCCGAACGUCACCGAGUGGGUCAUCCGGAAAGAUCUGGAGCAUAUCCACAACCUAAUCGUAAUCUCGGUUAAAUUCAACAAUGGCAAUGCCUACAUAUCCACCAACUCCGUGCACAAUGCCCUGUUUGCGCGAUCCUGCAUGAUGUCCCGUUUCACGUACAAAGGUACGAGGAUUGGGUUCUAUCCAGACGAGUGUGCGGAAUCGCAGGGUAAGGUACCCAUCGGGCCGAGACACGGAGUGCCAGAUGCUUCGGCUGGGAAAUCCACCUCGGUGCUCAACCGCUUCCAUAUCCUGUCCCUUGAUGGGGCUGAUGACGAUGAGAGCGAAGAUUACGAUGGCCAUAGUGGAAUGAGCGGUCACCUUAACGGCAACGUCCGCUGGACAGACAACAGCGUUUCUGCUUAA